AUGCCUCCCAAAAAGGUCGACAAAGGUGCUGGAGGCGGCAAGAAGCCCUCAGCCGCGAAGAUUGUGGAAGACAAGACCUUUGGUAUGAAAAAUAAGAAGGGAGCACAAACCCAAAAACAAAUCGAGCGAAUGACCCAGUCUGCCAAAGCCGGGGGAACGCCUGAGGAAAAGAAGAGACAGGCCGAAAAAGCCCAGAAGGAGCGAGAAAAGGCUGCAUCCGAGGCCGCAAAGAAAGAAGCCAUGGAACUGUUCAAGCCGGUACAAGUCCAGAAGGUCCCGUUCGGUGUCGAUCCCAAAACGGUGCUCUGUCAAUUCUACAAGAAGGGUCACUGCGAGAAGGGGCGGAAGUGCAAGUUUUCACACGAUUUGAACGUCGAGCGGAAAACGGAGAAAAAAGAUUUAUACCAAGAUACUCGGGAGGCCGAAGAGGAGAAGAAGAAACAAGAGACUUCCAAUGACUGGGACGAAGAGAAGCUGAGGCAGGUUGUGUUGUCGAAGAAGGGAAACCAGAAGACUACCACCGACAAGGUCUGCAAGUUCUUCAUAGAAGCCGUCGAGGAAGGAAAAUAUGGUUGGUUUUGGACAUGUCCGAAUGAUGGAGAUAAGUGCAUGUACCAGCACAAGUUACCUCCUGGUUUCGUUCUGAAGACAAAGGAGCAACGUGCUGCCGAGAAAGCUCUUAUGGAUAAAUCACCACUCAAAACACUUACCUUAGAAGACUUCUUGGAAUCAGAACGACACAAGCUCACUGGGACUCUCACGCCGGUCACUCCAGAAACAUUCGCGAAAUGGAAAGCAGAACGUAUGGACAAGAAAGCUGCCGAAGCACAAGCAGCUGCCGCCAAGGAAGCAACGGGCCGUGCAAUGUUCGAGAAGGGAGACUGGGAAUUCAGUGGAGACGAAGAGGACGACGAUGAAGGUGGUGAUGAGGACGAUGAUGCUUGGAACAUGGAGAAGCUACGGCAAGAGACUGAGGCACUCCGAGAGAAGAAAGAAGCCGAGCGGUUGGCAAAAACUGGUCAAGCCCCUGUUACGAAUGGCGACAAUGGUGUCAAAGAAUCAAUCGAGCCGGAUGACGAUGAUGGCCAACAAGAAGGUGAAGCUUCUUGA